AUGGGCGACAUUAACCACGAGACAAUAGAUUGGGUAAAUCUGACAUCACAAGAAGAAGGAGAUCAGUUUCUAGACCUGGUGCAGGACUUCUUUCUCAUACAAUAUGUGGUAGAGCCCACUCGAGGUAACAGCAUUCUGGACUUUGUGCUAACAUCAGAAGAGAGCAUGAUCGAUCAAAUUAAAGUUGGAGAAAAGCUCACCCUUAUCGGAGACGCCGGUUGGAUGAGAGGUGUUACUUCCAGGCCCCUGAAGGAGGAGGAGGAGGAGAGGCACGAGAGCGGGAGGACCUCCCUGGGUGAGGUGUCGGAAGCGGCGCUGAAGGCAGGCUCAUGUGAAGGGCCUUCCUUAUUGAUGUCUGUGUUAAGGGGCAGGUCUCCUGGCGAUUGGCCAUCACCCUCCGCUGACUCCAUCUCAAGUACUGAAAUAAUAAGGACAAGUUAUCAUUAUAUGUCUGUCAUCACCACACAGUGUAAUGUAACUGUCAUCACCACACAGUGUAAUAUAACUGUCAUCAGUACACAGUGUAAUGUAACUGUCAUCACCACACAGUGUAAUGUAACUGUCAUCACUACACAGUGUAAUGUAACUGUCAUCACUACACAGUGUAAUGUAACUGUCAUCACUACACAGUGUAAUGUAACUGUCAUCACUACACAGUGUAAUGUAACUGUCAUCACCACACAGUGUAAUGUAACUGUCAUCAGUACACAGUGUAAUGUAACUGUCAUCACCACACAGUGUAAUGUAACUGUCAUCAGUACACAGUGUAAUGUAACUGUCAUCACCACACAGUGUAAUGUAACUGUCAUCACUACACAGUGUAAUGUAACUGUCAUCACUACACAGUGUAAUGUAACUGUCAUCACCACACAUUGUAAUGUAACUGUCAUCACUACACAGUGUAAUGUAACUGUCAUCAGUACACAGUGUAAUGUAACUGUCAUCACUACACAGUGUAAUGUAACUGUCAUCACUACACAGUGUAAUGUAACUGUCAUCAGUACACAGUGUAAUAUAACUGUCAUCACUACACAGUGUAAUGUAACUGUCAUCACCACACAGUGUAAUUGUAAUGUAACUGUCAUCACUACACAGUGCAAUGUAACUGUCAUCAGUACACAGUGUAAUAUAACUGUCAUCACUACACAGUGUAAUGUAACUGUCAUCACUACACAGUGUAAUGUAACUGUCAUCAGUACACAGUGUAAUAUAACUGUCAUCACUACACAGUGUAAUGUAACUGUCAUCACCACACAGUGUAAUUGUAAUGUAACUGUCAUCACCACACAUUGUAAUGUAACUGUCAUCACCACACAGUGUAAUGUAACUGUCAUCACUACACAGUGUAAUAUAACUGUCAUCACUACACAGUGUAAUGUAACUGUCAUCACCACACAGUGUAAUGUAACUGUCAUCACCACACAUUGUAAUGUAACUGUCAUCACCACACAGUGUAAUGUAACUGUCAUCACUACACAGUGUAAUGUAACUGUCAUCACCACACUCAGUAAUGUAACUGUCAUCAGUACACAGUGCAAUGUAACUGUCAUCACCACAGUGUAA